AGCUGUCACAGCCGGUGUUAAUGAAUAACUGGGAGAGCCAACCGAAGCGCUGUUGUCCUCAGCUCACAGCGCACCGCACAGCACAAUGAAACAGCGCGUCUGAAGAUUUACCAAGGAGUUUCCCAACCAGAGAGACCAAUCAUGGUUGAGAUAAGCAGGUCGCUCCUCUUGAUCGCUCUUGUUACCGUGGCGGCCGCAAACCGUGUGUACGUGCACCCCUUCGGCCUGUUCGCCCUGGGCAACGGCAGCUGCAAGAACACCGAGGCCCCGGCGGCGGUGCCCCUGGAAACCGUACCCCUGGCGUCGAUCGAAGACGGCGUGGAGCCCGACCCUGUGUACGCGAACACAGAGCAGAAGGGGAAUGUCACCCAGACGACCGCGGUCCUCGCGCAGCUCCUCAACUUCCUGGGCCAGCGGCUCUACAAUGUGUUGAGGGCGCAGAAGGCCCCCAACGCCCUCUUCUCCCCCGUGGAGGCCUACGGGGCCCUGGUCACCUUCUACCUUGGGGCCUGGGGGGACACGGCCAGCCAGCUCCAGAAGCUCCUGGGGCUGGAGAGUGAGACGGCCUCUGCGGACUGCCUGUCGCAGUUCGACGGGCACAAGGUGCUGCGCACGCUCCGCUACAUCAACGGCCUGAUCGACGGAACAACGGACGAGCUCCGGACGCAGGCCUGGGUCUUCAGUGCCGCCAACCUGUCGGAGAGCUUCGUCCGGGGAGUCUGGGAAUUCUCUGACACCUCCUACACCCGAGCAGUGGACAUCUCCCAGUCCAUGCGCGCCCAAUCCCAGCUCAACGACUUCAUGGAGAAGACAUCGCCAUGGAAAACCAAACUCCUGUUCCAGGACAUAAACUCCACCUCUGACCUCCUGUUCGCCAGCUCCAUGCAUUUCAAGGGGAAGUGGAGGACAAUGUUCAGACCAGAGGCAACGUCCCUGCAGGAGUUCUGGAUCGAUGACAAGACCAGCGUCACGGUUCCUCUCAUGACCCACAAAGGAAUAUACAGCUACCUGGACGACAAGCGCAGGAAGUGCACGGUCCUCAAACUGCCCCUGAGCAGACAUGCCUACAUGCUUCUGGUUCUGCCGUACGAGGGGGCCCAGAUGGACACCAUUGAAGACAAGCUCAUAGUUCACAUCUCAGAGUGGACCCAGCACCUAAAGGAAGGGCUUCUGGAGGUCUCUCUCCCCAAGCUGUCCCUUAACGUGGUGAAUGAUCUGCAAAGUAUCCUCACUAACUUGGGGCUGCCCAGUCUGCUGGGCACAGGGGCCAACUUCAGCCACCUCAGCAGAAAGGAGAACUUCACUGUGGGCGAGGUUUUAAAUGAGGUGGUGUUCGAGACAUCUGAGGAGGGAUCGGAGCAGCAGGACGAGCCCAAGGGCGCUGAAGCAGCGAUGAAGCUGACAGUCAACAGGCCCUUCUGCUUCGCCAUCGUAGAGGAAAGCUCCAGUGCUCUCCUCCUGCUGGGGAGAAUAGGGAACCCUGUAAAAUGAGCAUGCUCUGAACCUCAACGCUGUAUGGCUGAACACACACACACACACACACACACAAACAGGCUAUGGACAGCAAGUCAGGGGGAAGACACCAGCAGAACACUUACACUGAUGCCAUUCCAGCAUGCAGAGAACCAAAGACUGCUCAAUUUAAGGCCAAACCACUCAUAUUCCACAUCCAGAACUCACUUUGCUCAAAGUAUUGGUACAGCCCUUACCUCACUGUUGGACAGACUUCAGGAAAUAUCAUGGAUUCUUUAACUGGCUGUAAGAGUGAACUUAUUUCCAUUGGGUUGAUCAUCUUACAUUGUAUUUUACCACUGAACUCAAGUGUUGUAGCUAUGGGGUCCUGGGGUACAGGCAGUAAACCCCAUCAGAUACAGUACAUGUAGACCUAAACUGUUCAAGUAAAAAAUUCUCAUAAUAUGGAAUAGCUAAAUGUUUACGUUAUCUAAAUGAUGCUCUCAAAUUCUCUUCUCCCAAAAACUGCAUUCAUAUAUAAAUGGUACAAUAACCAUUGUUAAACUUUAUCUGUGCAUCGGUCUGCAGCAUGAAUCAAUUAGUAUUACACAUUCAAACUGUGUGCUCAUAGUUUCUGGCAACUGUGCAGUAGUUAAUUUUCUGAAAAGAGAAUAUUGAGACAUUUAUAACUGUGUACCCAUCAACAACGCUGUGCACACAAUAAUCGGUAGCCAUGAAAUUAACUGAGCUAAUAAAGCUACGCAUUAAUUGCGCGUGAAAUAUGACAGGAAACAAUUCUGCAAGUUCUUCCUCGUGUAUAAGUGAUGAUCUACAGAUCAGAACAAUGCUUCCGUCUCCCACUGCAUUUUUGACUUUUUUUUAAAACACCGGUUCACCUCGUCACCAAAAUAAAGCCACUCUGGAUUCACUCUACAUUCACAA